GCCCAGGGAUAUCGUCCUCCGUCCUCCCGUUGCCGACGCUUCUCCCGCUUCCGCUGCGGCUGCCUGAUUCUUUCACGUCACGCAGCAGGAAGAUAGCCGUCAUUGACGCUUUCGACGGGAAUAGAGAGACUAAUAUCUCACCUCUGCAUUAUCUACUCCUUAUUUGGAAAGCGAUAUCCCGCCGUCCCACCCUUCUCGCCAGCCCGAGACCGUCAUUCCGCCUCUGCCCCUUCUCUCUGCUUCCUAAACUCCACCUAUCGCGGGCCCCCCCAGUGCUGCGGCCUCACAAGAGACCGUGGGAAGCAUACCGGCGCAUGGCGCUUCCGCCGAUCUGCGGCUGAUUCUCGAGAUCGUCCGUUUGUCGUCUCCCUCGGAAUAUCACACCGCGGGACGACCUGUGCGAGGCUGAGGCUCCCACGCACAAAGGUUGAGGGUCUCGAGCGACCUCCCGGUUUGUCGAACCGCUACAUGGGCUUUGUGCCAUAUGGUCCAUCCGUGUAUGCUGUGUUCGGAUUCCCAGAGACUUCCUCGCGUCGUUCUACGGCUGCUGCUGUCCUUCUACCUCGACCCUGCAGGUCCCGGUGUAAGCAGGGGGCGCUGGAUGGAACACACACACAUACAAACACAGGUCUGCAGGCGCAUCCCACACCGCACACGCAUAUGCGCACCCACGUAUGCUCAUACAAAACUCACAACGCAAGUAGACCAAGCUGGAGCCAUGGCCUAUGGGAAGGCUCAGAAGCCACGCUACGGGGUUCCAUAAUUGCAGAUCACGGAGGUUGCACAGGCUACGCAUCUAGUGUAAGUGAGUUUAUGUCUCCGCCUAGCCCUCUUGCCAACUGCAGAAGAGAGGUUGAGACUGGAGUCCUUCUCUCAUUCUUCGAAAUACUCGUCUAUUUCCCGUCACAGUCUCCGAGUUCUCACAUCGCCACUACCAUUCUGUCUAUCCACAACCCGCGUUUUCUCUGUCUACCCUUCCUGUUCCUGUCAGCCCUCGACGUCCCUAGCAGAACAUGGAACCCAAGCCUGAGGUCGAUGUUCCCGACACGACUCACGAUGACACUAUUUCCCUCAUGAUACUCGAGUACCUCUAGGCACUUCGUUGAAUCACCCCUCUACCGCUCGUUAUUAUACAAACUCAGAAAAGGGGGUAAGCAAAUCAAAACAAUAUGUUCGGUUCAAACAUGCAUUCAUUUAACUUGCCCCCCCCUGCUUCGAUAUCAAACGGCGAUGCUUUCAUCGUUAACCAAAAUAAGCCUUUGCUUAGUUCCUCUUACGUUCGACUUUUCACACCCGGUUCGCAUUCUACGCCCUCAACUCCACGACUCGACGCCACAAAAGACCGCUCCGAGGUCUCGCAAAAUCCCCUAGAAAAAAUAAAAUAAAAGGGGGGGG